AUGGACAUGAGCCUCGACGACUCGGACGGGGGGAGCGGCCUGGAAGGCCUCGACGGCGUCUCGGGCUACGAGCCCCCCCCGCCGGGCGCGAGCCCUGGCGCGGCGGAGGGCGGCGAGAUGGACACGGGUCCCAGCAGCGGCUCGGAGGCGCAGGCGGAGGAUCUUCCGCCGAGGAGACAACCAGGCAGACCGAAGGUAAAGGGCAAGGCCAAGGGUAAGGCGAAAGGCAAGGCCAAGCCCAAGGCCAAGUUGAAGGCCAAGGUGGACCCGGAGGGCGUGGCAAAGGCGCGCGCGCGCGGCAGACAACCCGCCGCACCGGGCGGCGAGCAGGCGGCCACGGCCAGGGCGGCCGCGAGGCACGGCGUCCCGUGGCUGGACCCCGCCGAGGCGCCGCUGGACCCCGACAUCGUGCCAGGCUCCGAGGACCUCCCGAGGAGCGGUGGGUGCGGAACCAUCCGCUGUGGAAGUUGA